AUGCCUCCGGCUGCCGCAGCGGUCGCGGCUGGAGGAGCCGCGGCCGGGGGACAGCAACAGCAACAGGGCGGUGUGAGCACCUUCUUACAGGCCGUCCUCCGCAUGGGCAUGAUGUGGUACAUGUUCAACAUGUUCAAGGGCGGUGGCCAGCAGACCGCUGGAACUGGGGCUGCCAGCGGCGGCAUGCUUAGGCCGCUAUACGCGCGCGGCGAUCUGGUGGACCUGCGCAUGUUCUUGUACGAGCGGCCCUACCUCCACGACUUUGCCAAGGGCACUUUGGUGUGGGAGCUCCCGGGCGUGGCGCUGGGCACCACGCCAGAGCACAAGCACACGUACUCAUAUCGCCCAAGCAAGGCGGUCCAAAACAACGGCACGUUGUUCCUGCACGCCGUGUUCUCGCGCGCCGGCGUCGACUUCGCCGCCGAGGACCUGCCCCCUGGGAGCGUCUUCACGAAGACCCUGCCCCUGAUCCGCUACAUGGCCCCUCUCAAGAACAAGACCGGGGUCAACCUGCUGGCGGCGGAGGGUGGCCCUGUCACCACGCCCAAGGCGAGCCAAGCGGUGUCGGACCAGGAGGCGGCCCCGGCCCAGUGGGUGUCGCACUUCAAGCCCAACGCCACGCUGUCCAUCAUCGACCACUUCACGGCGUACACCCGCGCCAACGUGCCGCAGCCGCUGCGCGAGCACUUCCAGUUUGCGGACCAGGAGGGCGAGCAGUACCUGCCCCUGUCCUACUUUGACGAGUUCUGGCUGCUGCGCGACAAGAUGGUGCCCGUGAACGACAGCCUGCUCGAGACCCCCCUGCACCUGGAGGUCAAGACGGGCAGCAUCUGGUGGAUGCAGCUGCAGCAGCAGAUGGAGCAGUCCUUCAACAUGCAGACGAGCAUGGGCAUCGCUGGUGAGGGGGAGAGUGAUGAGGUGAAGCGCAUCUUCCUGGAGGGCAACCCCUACCUGCUGGCGCUGACCAUGGUGGUGUCCCUGCUGCACAGCGUGUUUGACUUUUUGGCGUUCAAGAACGACGUAGCCUUUUGGAAGGACAACCGGUCUAUGGAGGGCCUCAGCGCGCGGUCAAUCAUGGUCAACGCGGUCUGCCAGCUCAUCAUCCUUCUCUACCUCUUCGACAAUGAGACAUCCACGGUCGUGCUUAUCAGCUCAGGGACUGCUGUGACCGAGGCGGAGCGCGCACCCCCCGGCCUCCCGCCCCAACCCAUGUGCCUGCCGUGGUUUUGA